AUGUCGUUUUCAACACGCCAAAUCGGAGCAGCUAACACAUUGGACUACAAGGUCUUUAUUGAAAAGGAUGGAAAGCCUGUUUCUGCCUUCCACGAUGUUCCGUUGUACGCCAACAAGGAAAAAACAGUGUUGAACAUGAUCGUCGAAGUGCCACGCUGGACAAAUGCCAAAUUGGAAAUUUCCAAAGAAGAACCAUUGAACCCUAUCAUUCAGGAUACCAAGAAGGGGAAAUUGAGGUUUGUUCGCAAUUGCUUCCCUCAUCACGGUUAUAUCCAUAACUAUGGUGCCUUCCCGCAGACAUGGGAGGAUCCUCACCAGACUCACCCAGAAACAAAAGCAAAGGGUGACAACGAUCCUUUGGACGUUUGUGAGAUCGGUGAACAAGUUGCAACUGUCGGACAGAUCAAGCAGGUGAAGGUUUUAGGUGUAAUGGCGUUGUUGGAUGAGGGUGAGACCGAUUGGAAGGUGAUCGUCAUUGACGUAAACGAUCCUUUAGCUCCCAAGUUGAACGACAUCGAAGAUGUGGAAAUUCAUUUGCCCGGCUUAUUGAGAGCUACAAAUGAGUGGUUCAGGAUCUACAAGAUCCCUGAUGGAAAGCCUGAGAACCAGUUUGCUUUCUCAGGAGAGUGUAAGAACAAGAAGUAUGCUAACGAAGUGAUUGGAGAAUGCGCAGAGGCAUGGGACAGGUUAGUUAAAGGCUCUGCUGAUGCAGGUGAGAUUAGCUUGGUCAAUACCACCUUGACUACUUCUGAGUCCUUUGUGGAGACAGCCAACGUGCCUGAUGCCUCACCUCAACCAGCCGCCCCAAUCGACAAAUCUGUUGACAAGUGGUUCUUCAUUUCUGGAGCCCAUUGA